AUUGGAAUGAAUUGUAUAAAAAAAUUAGUAAUCUACUAUAGAAUUAGAAACCGAGAAAAUAUCUGAAGAAUAGUGAGUCUUUACUGUUUGGAUAGAUAAAAAAAUCGGAAGAAGAAGAAGAAUAUGGACCUCCGUGAAUCAAUCAGCAAGCAAACAAACGUUUCCCUCACCAUCGCAAAGCAUUUACUCUCUGAACGCAAACACGAGAACAUCGUAUUUUCACCGUUGAGUCUCCAAGUUGUACUCAGUAUCAUCGCUGCUGGUUCUGAGGGUCCCACACAACAUCAGCUUCUCUCCUUCCUCCAAUCCAAAUCCACCGAUCAUCUCUACUUCUUAACCUCUCAGCUUGUUACCGUUGUGCUCACCGACGCUGCUCCCGCCGGUGGACCUCGCCUCUCUUUCGUCGACGGUGUAUGGGUUGAAAAAUCCCUUUCUCUUCAUCCUUCUUUCAAACAAAUCGUCACCACUGAUUUUAAAGCCACUUUAGCUUCCGUUGAUUUCCAAACCAAGGCUGUUGAAGUUACCAAUGAAGUGAAUUUAUGGGCGGAAAAAGAGACAAAUGGCCUUAUUAAAGAACUUCUUCCUCCAGGUUCUGUCAACAGCUUAACCAGGCUCAUCUUUGCUAAUGCACUGUACUUUAAAGGACAAUGGAAUGAGAAGUUUGAUGCUUCGUUAACCAAAGAAAAUGAUUUUCACCUUCUGAAUGGCAGUUCAGUCAAAGUUCCCUUCAUGACUAGCAAGAAGAAGCAGUUUAUUAGUGCUUUUGAUGGUUUUAAAGUUCUUCGUAUUCCUUAUAAGCAAGGUGAAGAUAAGCGACAAUUUUCUAUGUACUUUUUUCUUCCAGAUGCAAAAGAUGGGCUAUCAGCUUUGGUUGAGAAGGUGACUUCUGAAUCUGAGCUACUAGAACACAAGCUUCCUUUUGAAAAAGUGGAAGUAGGCGACUUCAAGAUUCCAAGAUUCAAUGUUUCAUUUGGGCUUGAAACUUCUGAUAUGCUGAAGGAGCUAGGAGUAGUUUUACCUUUCUCUCCUGGAGGUUUGACUACAAUGGUGGACUCUCUUAUGGGUCAAAACCUUUGUGUUUCCAAUAUAUUUCACAAGUCUUUCAUUGAAGUAAAUGAAGAAGGCACUGAAGCUGCUGCGGCCACAGCUGCAACUAUAUUGUAUAGGAGUCUCCGUCUUCCAACUCGACUAGACUUUGUAGCUGACCACCCUUUCUUAUUUGUAAUUAGAGAAGAUUUGACGGGAACAGUCCUUUUUGUUGGACAAGUGCUCAAUCCCUAUGUUGUCAAUCCCAUGGUCACCGGUAGCGGUGCUCCUGACCGCCGAUAAAUACAUGUAUAACACUAAGUUUUAUAAAACUACUCAAAAUAAACAAAUUAAUAGUGCAUUUCAACAAAGGUAAGUUCUAUGGGGAAAAAAUGUGUGAAUUGUUUAUAUAUGUAAGUUCUAUGGGUAAAAAUGUGUGAAUUGUGCCAUGAGGAUGAAUUUUUGUAAUUAAUUAAUCAUUGGUAGAUUUCUACUGUA